UGUUUUCUGUAAAAUGUAAAAAAGUAUUGCGAAGACUACAUGUAUUUGCUGAUUUCUAAAGUGUUUACCAAUAUUCGAUAAGAAGCUGGCCUUUUGGGCGAAAUCAGGGCCAAUUCUAGUAUGUCCGGAGUAAUAACGAGUGGCGAGCGAACAACCCGAUCCCUGGUGAAAUCAUCGGCGCGCUGGUCGGGAAGUGUGGUUUGUUGCAAAUCGGUCGACGAUGGAUUUUAGAUGCAUGGGAGAUGAGAAGUGACGGGCAGCUUACCGAACAUAUGUUGCAGAGACGGCGACCAGAAUAUCGACGUACAAUAUUAUUUUCUUCGAUUUAACAUGGCGAAAGAGUACGAUUAUCUACUGAAAGUCCUGCUGGUAGGCGACAGCGAUGUCGGUAAACAAGAGAUACUUUCUGGACUGGAUGACGGGUCUACGGAGAGUCCCUUUUGCAGUGGAAGCGGAACUGCGCACAAAACAACAACCAUUUUGCUCGACGGCAAACGCGUUAAGCUGCAAAUCUGGGAUACAUCGGGACAAGGCAGAUUUUGUACGAUCAUCCGGUCGUAUUCGCGCGGCGCUCAAGGCAUCAUACUGGUGUACGAUAUUACCAACAAGUGGAGCUUCGACGGACUGAAUCGAUGGCUGAAAGAGGUCGAGGAACAUGCACCGGGCGUCCCGAAGGUGCUGGUAGGCAAUCGGCUACAUUUAGCAUUCAAGCGGCAAGUGGCGGCCAAGCAGGCCGAACUGUACGCCUCACGGAACAAGAUGGCCUGCUUCGAGAUAUCUCCCUUGUGUGAUUUCAACAUACGCGAAUCGUUUUGCGAACUCGCCCGGAUGGCCCUGCACCGGAACGGCAUGGAACGCAUCUGGCGAUCGAACAAAGUAUUAUCGCUACAGGAACUGUGCUGUCGAAGCAUCUGCCGGCGAACGAAUGUAUAUACUAUAGAUAGUCUUCCCUUACCACCGUCAGUUAAACUGUAUCUCAGAUCGUACGCGUUAACAUCAUCUCAAUGUUUAAACACGGUACUCAACAAUUCGGCAUCCAUAGCUAAGAAUCUCAAAUGUAAAACGGCAACGUCUUAUCAUUUGAAGCACAAUGUGAAAAAUGGGUGCAUAAUUUCCUGAUUAGCGCAGGACAGCCUAUCCAAUUUAUUUGUCAAUGCCAACAACCGUCUGAUUUCGACGCACACCAUCAACCGGUCUGCUACGUUGAGCAGAAUUUUGAUGUACAUAACAUCCCUUCUCGCGCCAAUGUUGAGAACACACAGGUUUUGUAGGUUCAUAAGCUUUUCUUCUCUCUUUCGAUAUGUUUAACACGUAAAAAAGUCAUGAUGUUUUCCAAAUACUAAACCCAAAUAUGUGUGUAUGCCGUGGCCUAAUUAUACUGUUUUUCAUUAGGGAUUUCGUAUUUAAGCAUUAAGAACGAAUGAACCAAAUACUAAUACUAAUAUGUACAACCGAUGCUGCUAACAAAAGGGCAGCAGUUGGGAUGCGCGGUUUUCAAGCGUAUAUGUAAAAAGGCGGCGUGUAAAUAGGGUACGGUUUAAGGAUAAUCACUGGAGCAAAAGGAGAAAGCUUGCAAAGCUACUCUUUAACCGACCGCGGUUAAUGAUGGUUUAGUUCUGUACAUCUUUUCCACAAGAGGAAGAAAUAUGGCUCAGCUGAACAGUCGGCAAUUACGGAAACUCGUUUUGAAAACCAAUUUAAGUUAAUAACCAACUAACCGGAGUUUACCAGCUGAAUGGAAACUAAGACAGAUCAAGAACCACCACCUCAAAGUGCAGAGUUUAGGAAUUCGCGAAGCGAAUUUUAUUCACAAAAUAAGAUGUCAGUUUGGUUUUACUAUAUACUAUCACAAAACCACGCGAAACGUACUGACUAAUGAUAUUGCUGCUGUAAUUACCGUAUUUUAUCUUGCAUAAGCAUCUUCUACUGUAAAUCCGCAUCCUGAUUUUAGCAUUGAACGCUGCCGAAGCAUUUCGAACUGUAAUCAUUUCCCACAUUUGUUUCCCCCCAAAGUAUAGCGCAUUAAAUAGCAGCACAUUUCGAUCAAUGUUUUGACAAAGCGAGCUUCGAAUAUGUUCAGGUUAGAAUCCUCGAACAUGGCAACAAAUUUGUCGCCAUUCAAACCUGUGAAUGUUUGUUUCGUACGGAAUAGGCUUACUUGCCUAAAGAACGAAUCGUUCUUCCAUUUUCUUUGUGUACUAGAAGUAAUUUUUGUUCCUGCGCGGGUAACGUGAUUAGGAGCUACCAGACAAUGGUCUCUCGUAUGAAGCCCUUUUUUCAGAAGAUAUUAGCGAAAGUCAGGUAUCGAAACGUGUAUCGAUGACCAUACGUGUCGUUGAAUCGGCUAUCACCCCUGCUAUCAAGCGACUGCUGUUUAUCGAAUUUCUGAAGCGGUAAAUUAAGAUGCUCGCGGCAUUUUGUCAUUUGCGUUUUAGUCUAAACUAAAUGAUUCUUUACGAGUUCAGAAAUGUCGAUUGCGUCUCCGAAUCCUUCUUCAAUCUAAACUGCAAAAAGAUGUUACUUAAACAGGACAUGUUACGGUAAUUACAUGCAACGCUCACCUAAAAGAGCGUAGAAACAUCGAUGAUCGGCAGACGAAAAAAAAACCCAAGCUAGGAGUGUUUAUGUUUUCACGGUUCGAUUGCUUUUAAUUAUGGAUGUUGUGUUAGUUAGUCGUCGAUAGAAUCGGUCGACGUCCACCUGAUUUAGGUAAAGCAUAAUGAUGUGGGUGGAUGUGAUGGCAUAAUUGUCGCGUACGCCACAAUCCUCAUUAUCAUUAGCAAGUCGUCUGUCGUCAUUCUUAUAUUGGCCACCGUACACAAAUUAAAGUACCACUGUGGUGUUACAAACAAAAACUAUUCAUCUUUGUAAACCUACAUUAAGUACUAAUCAACGAUCAAUCUUCGCUGAUCAUCCAUUUGAUGAUAAUAAAAUAAUAAUCGAAAAAUCAAUGCUGUAUAUAUUGAUCCCGGUUAUUGCAAUCCUACGUUGAACUUCUUGUGAACCAUUUAUGGCAAUAAAUUGGGUGGUCCAUUUGCUGUCUUA